GGGAGGGGGCGCGAGAGAGCGCUAGACGGAGCGCGAGGCAGAGAGACAGGGAGGGAGCGCGCGCGGACGGGCACGGCAGGCUGCCUCUCAGACUUCACAUCUCCAUCCAGUCAGAGUGAACUGCGGGGGCAGAUCGAGCGGAUCUCUGCAGUCCUCGACAGCGGAAACAGCCCUAGAUUAAGGAAUUUUCUAACCCCGCUUUUUUCUUCGUUUGCUUUUGAAGUCGACAAACGGAACUUUUUGCCCCUCUGGAGACUUUUUUUUUGUGGAAAUGGACAGUCGGCGACCUGCUGCGGGGAGCGACUGGCCGGUGUUCACUGAGCUGGAAUAAAACAGUAAAAACUGCUAUUGGGUCUUUAAAAACGACAUAAACUGGAUGUUUGAUGAAGCUCUUCGCAGUUUUAGUCAGUUCUGGGACACUGUGGAUUUACCAGGUUGGAGAACGGAUUGAUAUUUGUGAUUCCCGUUCAGCAAGUAGGAUUUACGCUUCCAAAGUUGAAGGAAAAACAUGGAGACCGUAAGUCGGCAGAGCUUCCAGCCUCAUCCGGGACUGCAACAAACUCUGAAACAGUUUCACCUCAGCGCUAUAAACUCCCUGGGCGGACCGGCGGCAUUCUCUGCUCGGUGGCAGCAUGAGCUCCUAUUCAAGAAGGACGGGAAAGAGCCCGAACCGGUCCUGCAGCAUCUGCCGCCGCCCGUGAUGCCGGGCCCACUGUUCAUCCCGUCCGACCGCUCCACCGAGAGGUGCGAGACGGUGCUGGAGGGUGAGACCAUCUCGUGCUUCGUGGUCGGCGGGGAGAAGCGCCUGUGCCUGCCGCAGAUCCUCAACACGGUCCUGCGGGACUUCACUCUGCAGCAGAUCAACUCUGUGUGCGACGAGCUUCACAUCUACUGCUCCCGUUGUACAGCGGACCAGCUGGAGAUCCUUAAAGUCAUGGGGAUCCUGCCCUUCUCUGCGCCGUCCUGCGGGCUCAUUACCAAAACGGACGCCGAGCGGCUCUGCAACGCCCUGAUCUACGGAGGCGCAUACCCGCCGCGCUGCAAGAAGGACCUGGGCACAGGCUCUCUGGAGCUGCAGCUCACCGACAGGAGCUUCAAGAUCUACCACGAGUGCUUCGGCAAGUGCAAGGGCUUGUUCGUACCGGAGCUGUACAGCAGCCCCAACGCAGCGUGCAUCCAGUGCAUGGACUGCAGACUCAUGUACCCGACCCACAAGUUCGUGGUGCACAGCCACAAGGCGCAGGAGAACAGGACUUGCCACUGGGGCUUCGAUUCGGCAAACUGGAGGGCGUACAUCCUCCUGGGUCAGGAUUACACGGGCAAAGAGGAGAAGGCUCGCCUGGAGCAGCUCCUGGACGAGAUCAAAGAGAAAUUUGACUUUGCCAACAAGUACAAGAGGAAAGCAUCAUCCAGGGCAUCUGAUGGCAUCCCUUUGAAGAAGUCCAAACUCGAAGACAUCCCUUCAAGGUCCCCGCUUGGCGACAAAGAGAAGCAGCAUGACUGGCUACAGUCCCUGUCCGCCUCCAAUAAGGUGAUUAACUGCAUUCAGCCCAGACAGAGACCUUCAGCUUUCAGACCAUGGUCUCCUCACAUCUCUGCUGGUGAUAAGGAACCCUCUCCCCAUCCUCUGGCUCUGCUGAGAGACAGCUUCUACAACUACAAAAGCCUUGAGAAUGCCGUUGCCCCCAACGUGGCCCUUACACCUGUCCCCAUGGGGAAGCUGGAGCCCCUGUCCCCGUCUGUGCCCAACACUUCCCAUCCAAGUGGAGCUGAACCUUUAGAUGAGGGCGCCAACCCCAACUCCAGACCUCGUAAGAGAAGAGCUACAGAGGAGCAACCAGCCCUGGCACCAGAGGUCCCCUGUCCCCCACCCGCCACUGCCGGCAAGCCUACACCACAGGAUGACAAAGAUUCCGAGGUGGAGAUCGAAGUGGAGAGCCGUGAUGAUUUCACUUCAUCCAUGUCCUCCCUGUCAUCACCGUCCUUCACUUCAUCUAGCAGCUCAGCCAAGGACCUGAGCUCCCCAGGCGCCCAAGGGCCAGCCUGCACCGUCACGUCGGCCGAAUGCUCAGCCUUUGUGACUGCACCUGUUGCAGCCCCUGCUGUUGUGGUGGCCCCAUUAGAGCUGGGACUGGAGUCCGAGUUGGAGAGCCUUAGACAGGCACUGGACAGCGGACUGGACUCUAAAGAGUCAAAGGAGAAGUUUCUGCAUGAGAUUGUUAAGAUGCGAGUGAAGCAGGAAGAGAAGCUGGGAUCAGCCCUUCAGGCCAAACGCAGCCUCCAGCAGGAGUUGGAAUUCUUGCGGGUGGCAAAAAAGGAGAAGCUUCGAGAGGCCACCGAGGCGAAGCGCAGCCUGAGGAAGGAAAUCGAGCGUCUGCGAGCCGAGAGUGAGAAGAAGAUGAAGGAGGCAAACGAGUCGCGGAUCCGUCUGAAGAGGGAGCUGGAGCAGGCCAGGCAGCUGCGAGUCUGUGAUAAAGGUUGCGAGGCCGGCCGCCUCCGCGCUAAAUACUCCACACAGAUUGAGGACCUCCAGAUGAAGCUGCAACAUGCCGAGGCCGACCGCGAACAGCUGAGAGCCGACCUGCUGCAGGAGCGGGAAGCCAGGGAGCACCUGGAAAGAGUGGUAAAGGAACUACAACAGCAGCUCUGGUCCAAAUCCAGCAGCAAAGAGGCGCCCCCCAACAAGUAACCCAGAGACAAGCCUCUGCACUCAAUCAUUCCCCCUCAUUGCUCUCAUCCCACAUGACACAGCCUGCCUGCUUCAGGAAGUAAAACACUCCCUGGAGCUCAUGGUACCACUGUCACUAACACCUGCCCCCAAAACAUCCAGAACAAUUCAGGAAAAGUUUCCAUCAGAGAAAAUCCACAGAGCAUUCCUCAUGCAGACCCAUGAAGAGUGAAGGGAGUGAUUCCCUUUGAGACCAGAGGCAGCCACAAGGACACGUUUCUAAAUCAAGCACUGACUGACUCACACCUUUCACACUCUCAGAACCGAGGAGAUGGAGUGCACAGAGUGCAGCUGCGCCUGACCAGGAAAUAAGACGAGACUCCCAGUCCGUCAUAUUAUAUUACAGCUGCAGAGAGGCGUUACAGCGGAUCAGCCGAGAGGACAGCACCAGAACAACCACCCCCGCCAAAAAAAAAAAACAGCUUCCACCAUUGUCUCCGUUGGCUGUAAGCAGGUGGAGACUUUUCAAGACAUUAGAAGCUAUUUAAGAGACUACAUAGCGACAUGUACAGGAAGAAAAUCUGCUUUAUUAGAGCUGUUGGAGUGGAGAAUAGAAACUAUACAAAUAAAUACAAACAAGAAACGCAGCAGAUGUAAAUUCCAGCGUGGCUUUGUUUUUGCAACCUUCUGACAUUUUCUUUUAUUCACACGGAUCUUUGGCUCCAGAUCCAACCUUCAAUUAAGGAACAGUUAAAGGCACCUUUUCUGUUUUUACUGAGCACUUGUGUUGGAAGGUCAGUCUCAAACACAUCCACUCUGGUUACCAUAGUUUUCCUUUGGUUUUUUGAAGCGUUUCUCUCCGAUGUGAGUGUGGCCUUGUGUUCUUGUAAUGUUGCAUGUUUUUACUCCAGACUGGCUUCUCUAUCUGGGAAGUUUCAGUGUGCUGGACGGAUGCUCCUGUCAAAAACAACAAAAUGUCUGUUCAAUAAGUUAAAGUAUGUAAAUAAAAAUUGGUUCCUUUUGUUUUGUAUUUUACAGUAAUGAAUCGCACUUUGUCAGACUUUGUUAGAAUGCAUUUUACUCCCAUGACUGUCAUACGUUUUCCACAGCAGUGGACACAGAACUAAGUGAGUGUUUAGUUGAAUACAUGCUGGUAAACCAGGAGGCUGCUCCGUUUUCCAACAGCAGAGAAUAUUGUACAUAAACACAAAGGAAAAAUGUCCAGCAGUCAGGACUUUUCAGGAAGUUUUGAGUGGCUCAUAUUCCUGCAGGCUGAACUGUUACAGGAGCACGAACAAAAAGAUGAGUUGUUGAUGCUGUUUUUUAAUGUGGAGAAACUUUUAUUGCUUGUCUGUUAUGUUCACAUUUUAUUUUCAAUACAGAUCUCAUAUUUUGUUUAUGCAUGAGAAAUGAAAAAGUUUUGCCAUUCAUAUAGUCACUUAUUGGGCAUUGAUACUGUACAUGUAAGGAUUUUAUUGUGUUAUGCAAUAUAAAGCAACUUGUCUUUUUUGGUAUUAAAUAAAAGCCACAUGCCAUUUUUAAAUUAACUUCACACUUACAAAAAAAAUGAUUAAACGAGGAAAAUAAAAAACGAGCGCAAUGCUGGACAACCUUAAGUGCCUGAACAUGGGCUCAAGGUUUCCAGAGUCAGAAACCUGAUGUCAUCACGUUCCCAUUUGCAGGUUUUAAAAUGAAGAGGCCCUUCUUCACUCAGCAGCGCUUUAAUCAGUAUUUCCUUGAAUCAGCAGUUUACAGAUGCAGAAAACAGUCCAACAGAUGCUAAUGGGCUGAAAAUGUUUUUCUUGUUUCUUAAUCAGUAAUAUGCAUGCUGGAAGGAGAUUUUAUAAAACAUCCCAAAAAAGCCACUUACUUGGUAAAUUGUUACUAUGGGUUGUACAUAAUAACCUUAGUCGUUGAGUUUGAUGAUGUAACUGGAGGCAGACGUGUCCUGGAUAAUAAUGAGGGCGUUAUGUGGGAACGGCCCUCUCCUUAUCCAGCGUUACAGAUGUUGCCUCCUGCUCCAGCAGACUUUAAUUGGUACAUGUUUCUAGUAGUUUUUACACUUCGUAUCCUCUAUGUUCUGGUUUUCUAUGACAGAGGAGGCGAUAACAUUCGGCUUUUUGCUCUCCAGUUCAAAACAAACAAAAAAAAUAAGCAAUUUAAUGAGGUCUUGUUUUCUAAAGGAGAAUUGUUUUUCUAAGUCAUGGGCAGCAGAACAGCAAUAACAGUCCAUAUUAAUCGGCCAAAUACUAGCCAGUGUAAAGAUUUACACAUGUAAAUAUCUGUUUUUCAUUUACGUAUAUAUUGUGUAAUAAAUGUACAUGGUGUUUCUGUUUUGAAAAACAUAUCUUUUCUUACAGCGGCUGUUUGCUUUCAUUUUCUGUUGAGUGUUUUCCUUAUUUUUAAGUUUGGGUUUUAAUGAAAAUCAUUCAUGAAAAUUUCAGGAACAGCUGAUGCAGAGAAUAUUCUUUCCAUAACCAUUUUCUCCUGUUUUCUCUCUUCCCUUAUUACUUUCCAAUGAAUGAACUUUUUCACCACUUCAUAUAGAUUUUGAACGAAUGUUUAGCAUCAUAUAGCCAGCCCACAUGACUUUGCCACCUAGCAGAUUGUCCUUCCCCUUCACCCUCAAGUAUCAUUUUUAGCCCUGUGCUGCUGCUGAUGCUAUAUACAAUUCUAGAAAUAUUUUUAUGUAAGAGGCAAGCUUUCUCAUGUAUUAAUGCCACAUAUAUAGUAUGAAAAGAAGCUUAGCUUAUUCAUCGAUGUCCCUUUUUCCCCCUUGUUUUUUUCCCUUCCUCGAACAGCACUGUUCCCUUUCUUUAACGACUCGGACUAUAUUGUAAAGUAAAGACUUUAUAAAAUCAUGUUUGAAAAUAGCCAUGCUUCUAUACUACAGUGACUGAAUGUACAGUGUAUAGAUGCAUUACCAGAAAUAAAGUUGUUUGUCGAGAUUA